GCAGCCGAUAAAGAAACACACGGAGAGAAUCAGAGGUAGAGCGAGGAUUCAGACGGAGAUAUAGAUAAGGUCUGGAUUUCAAUGCUCACGCCACUGCUGAAUUUGGAUUAAUUACUGCAAGUGAUAGGAGGUUACAUAGGAAGGGGGAGAAGAUGGAUGUACAAACGGAGGGCACGGACCCCCCGCCUUGUGAGACCCAGUCGAGUGGAAAAAUCAGAAAAGGAUUCAAGCUGUUUGGCAAACGUAAGCCAGGUAACAUCUUUUCUAUCCGGAACAAAGGGGAUGGGAACAACAAGUCACCUGUUAAAACGGGCAAAUCCCUGGAUGGAUUAUCAGAGACGGCUACACCAGAUUCAGAGCAGGAAUCCGACAAGGAGAAGAGACAUGAGGUGAGUCAAGGAGAGAGGGAGCAGGCAGAGGAGGAGCCGCUCAACGAAGAUGGCGUUCUGGCUGCCGCUCCUGCUCGCACCUCCAUUUCUUCAGCCAGCUCUGCCAGGUCCCUCAGCUUCCUGUCCUUACUGAGGGGCGGGCGGAGAGGUGUGGGGGACCACAGAGCCCACACCGUGUCCCAGCCGAUGGGUCGGCAACGUAGAGGGCUGAAGGGUCUCUUUGGCAAUGUUAAGUUUCUGUCAAAGGAUAAAGAGGACAAGGAGGAAUCUCCUCCGAGCCCACUUCUCAUGUCCUCCCGUGCCAACAGUGUGGAAAUCAUCAAAGAAGACCUCACCCUGACCCCCAAAUCCCAGCCACGCUCUCUGGGCAGCCCAGUUACUGAGCCCAUCAGGGGUGUAACAACACAGGACAGUGCAGCCACGAGCCCGUCAGACGUAUCUCCCCAGGCGACACCAAGCAAUGUGAGUAGUACUCAUGAGCAUGUGCCGCCUUUACCCGACUCUGAACCCCCUAUGGAGCCGGGUGAUAGCAGCCUGAGUUCCUUAUUGGCAGAUAUCUCCUCUCUCCUGACCUUUGACUCAAUCUCGGGGGGUGAUAUCUUGGCUGAUGUGGAGGCAGAGUGGGGGAAAGCCAGCAGUGCCAUAAGUGCUGAGGUGACUGAAGUCACAUCAUCAUCCACAUAUCUCUUCUCCAAACCCUUCAUCUCCUCCCCGCUGACUUCUACCUCUGUUAGCACUACCGACAAAGCAAAACCCUCUCCUGUAGCCUCGACCCAAUCCUCAACCCCUCUGACGAAGACAUCGUCAACUUCUUCUCCCAUUGCCAAGCCGAGCUCCAUCAUCACAACGCUGACCAAAUCCUCCACUUUGACCACUCACUCAGUCAAACUGAGCUCGGACUCUGCUCCAGUCUCCACCAGCACUACCCCUGUAACGCUAACAAGCUUCUCAGUUCCAAAAAUGUCUUCCCCUUCAGUGACAGCUAAAUCCACAUUGAGCACCACCUCUACUACAACCACAGCUCCUCCAAACACCCCAGCUACUGUAGUCAAGGCUUCCUCAUUUAGCCCAACUCUUACCUCUACCAUUAGCAAACUGGCUCCUGAGACUGCUCCGCCACCUCAAGUAACCUCAUCAGUAAGUAAACCUAGCCCUGUAGCUACCCCGGCCCCAGUCAAACCUCCAGUAACCCACAGCCCUCCAACUCCUGUUACUAUUAUCCAACAUCCACCUAUCAGAACAGAUUCAUCUGGAAGUUCAGCCCUGCACGCAUCCACUUCCUACAAACCUUUCCUCAGUACAUUCGCAGUAGAAUCUAAAGCACCGGCAGCAGAGUCACUGGCCGGUACUGUUACAGCCAAACCAUCCUCUCCUGCACCUGUUUUUCCCACCAAGACAACAUCGGUUCCCACAUCAACUGCAACCUCAAGCACGGUGUUUUCUGCACUUUCCAAGCCCCAACUCAUGUCAAGCCCAAUGGAAAUAAACAGGAUGACUCCUUCCCUUGCAGCUGUUCCAGAUCUUCCCUCUACCUUUACCUGCACGACUAAGACCCAACCAAGCCCUGCCUCCAUGUCGCUUUCUUCAACUUCUUCUGACAAAGUCCCUCCUGCAUACAAACCUCCUCCUACACCAGUCUACUUAGAAAAGGUGCCACCUGCUCCCACAACAACUCCAGCCCCUGUCGCUCAUCCUGGUGUUUCUCCCCCUGCUUUGGGCCAGACCCCACUCGCUCAAUCUAAAGGUCCUUAUGUUCCUGUGCAAGUAAUUGGUUCUAAAGAUCUGCCUGCUCCUGCUCCAAUGCACGUUUCUCAAGCUAGAGACCCUCCCCCAAUUGCUCCGAUCCCAGUUUCUGUAUCUAAAGAGCUUCCUGUUCCUGUCACUGCUCAAAUUACUCAAUCCAAAGUCCCUUCUGCCCAAGCUCAAAUCCCAGUAUCUGUAUCUAAAGAUGCUCCUGUUAAAGCUCCUGCUCAGAUCCCAGUUUCUGUGAUGAGAGACCUUCCUGCCCCUGCUUCUGCUCCAAUCUCUGUAUCUAAAGAUGCUCCCGUUCAAGCUCAUACUCAGAUCCCAGUUUCUGUGAUGAGAGACAUUCCUGCCCCUGCUUGUGUUCCAAUCUCUGUCUCUAAAGAUGCUCCUGUUAAAGCUCAUGCUCAGAUCCCAGUUUCUGUGGUGAGAGACCUUCCUGCUCCUGCUUCUGUUCCAAUCUCUGUAUCUAAAGAUGCUCCAGCUCCAAUCCAAGGCUUUGUAUCCAAAGACGCGCCAGCUCAGAUUCAACUUUCUCAAUCUAAAGUCCCCUCUGCACCCUCCCCUUCCCCAUGCCCUGUCUCUUCUUCUUCUCUCUCUUCUCCACCUUCAUCCUGGCAGAGUGAGGCCUUAGCGUCUGCUAAGACAAGAGGAAGUGCGCAGGCAUCAGUGGAUGGAAAGCUGUCUAGUCCAAGUAGCACAGAAACCCUGAGUGCUCAGACGGCGCCAGACAAACCAGCAGAGCAGCAUAAUGAGUCUCGAGCGGACCUACCAAGGGAGAGGAAGAUCCCACAAGCGAAGCCGUCCGGACUUAGCAAAAUACCUGUGGUUGGGGGGGGCAGAGCAGGAAGGAUACCUGUCCGGGAUAGUCAACAUACGGAUGAUGAGGCAAGCAGGGACCCACCUACUCCUGUGCUGGAGGAGGAGAGGCCGAAUUUCUACUCACAUGAUGCAGGAAGCAGAGAUAAAAUCAGAGAUGUUGAGGUCAACGUGCCCACCUCAAAACACAGCCAGGAGGAGAGUCAGCAGCAGAAAGUCCUCACCAGUUUACCGCGUGACUCAAGGAUCCCUGUGAAGCAUGGUGCCUCGCAGAUCCCUCAAGCUAAAGAACCACAACGCACGAAGAUACCUGUGUCAAAGGUCCCUGUUCGCAGGGCUGGAACUAAACCUGCAGCUUCGGGUGGCAGCGCCCAGAUGAGAAAAUAAAACAACGGACUGAACCAUCAAGGAUACUGAUUAUGGCUUUGACUGCAACUUUUUUUCCAAUGCAUCUACGCAGCCACUCUUUUUAAACUCAUAUUUCUAUUCUGUACUUCUUGGCUCGUCUCUCUGUCAUCUCUUGGCUUCAUGACACAACAAGCAACAGAAACAGAGUCAAGGACCCUGACAGCACUCAAGCACAAAACAUCUCCACAGGGAGCCAAAGCAGAAAGCCCGGCUCUGUGGUGCUGAGCAAACUGGACAUGAACUCAGGAAAGGUUUCGGGGUCACACCUGAACACACAGCAGCAGCAUUGGUAAAAAGGAAAAGCAAGUGAAAAGGUCUACUGGGAACACAGUCACAUACACACAACAUGGGAGAGUGCCUUUUGAAGGGUGCUUUUCCUACAGACUCUCAAAAUUUGUCCAGUCUUUUCUACAGUACUUUUAACUUUUGUUACUUCUACUUUUUGUAGGAAAUGUCAAAUCUUUUUUGUUAUUCUUUCCUGGAAGUCUCUUUGAUAAUAUCAAAUCCCUUUACAUUUUAUUUAUGUCAGAAGAAGAAGAAGAAGAAGAAGAAGAAGAAGAAGAAGAAGAACCACGGGAGCUCUAUAAAUUAAAUGCAAAACAACCAAAUUUACAUUCCACAUCUAUCUCUGGAUGUAUGUAGCAGAAAACGUGCCAUUAUAUUUUGCACAAGUUGUUGAACUGUACAGCGCCUGUUUUGUCUGCCUGCUCAUAUGUAACAUGAUGAGAUCUCACUGUGAACUUUUGGACAGACUGACGGAGGAAUGGAAGUAACGCCUUCCCCUGAAAUGGACAGCAGCCAUUAUGAAUGGCACUGUGGACGUGUGAGAUCUCCAGCUCGAACACUGACACAUCCUUAUCCUACUUAUGCUCAGAUGAGAACAAUAUCUGUGUGAAUAGUCUCAUCUAUGUUGUUCUGUUUCCUAUUUAAUCAAUAAAACAUUAUCAGUGCUUA